CAGCACCAGUUGCAUAAUCCUUCUAUUUGCCCAGAGCCACUUUUUGUCCCGAAGCUUGCUGCCCUGGGAGGGGACUGAAGAAGGCACCUAGCAAAGACUGGGCAGAGAAGGGAGUCAGUGGAGAACAAGGGGUGUGCGGGGUCCCCCGGCCUUCAGCAGCCACGCAGGAAGAUGGAGGCCCACAAUGUGACUGCCCCGCUCAACUUCACCCUCCCACCCAACUUCGGCAAGCGCCCCACUGACAAGGCACUGAGCGUCAUCCUGGUGUUCUUGCUGCUCAUUAUCAUGCUCUCACUGGGCUGCACCAUGGAAUUCGGCAAGAUCAAGGCUCACUUCUGGAAGCCCAAGGGGCUGGCCAUCGCCCUGAUAGCGCAGUAUGGCAUCAUGCCCCUCACUGCCUUCACGCUGGGCAAGGUCUUCCAGCUAAACAACAUUGAGGCACUGGCCAUUCUUGUCUGUGGCUGCUCCCCGGGUGGGACCCUGUCCAACGUCUUCAGUCUGGCCAUGAAGGGGGACAUGAACCUCAGCAUCGUGAUGACCACCUGCUCCACCUUCUUUGCCCUGGGCAUGAUGCCCUUCCUCCUGUAUGUCUACUCCAGGGGGAUCUAUGAUGGGGAUCUGAAGAGCAAGAUACCCUACAAAGGCAUUGUGAUAUCACUAGUCCUGGUUCUCAUUCCCUGCACCAUUGGGAUCUUCCUCAAUGCCAAACGGCCACAAUAUGUACGCUAUGUCCACAAGGGAGGGAGGAUCAUCAUGCUUUUGUUAAGCGUGGCCAUCAUAGCACUUUCUGUCAUCAAUGUGGGCAAGAGUAUCAUGUUUGUCAUGACACCACACUUGCUGGCCACCUCCUCCCUGAUGCCUUUCAUUGGCUUCCUGCUGGGCUACAUCCUCUCUACGCUUUUCCGCCUCAAUGGACGGUGCAGCCGCACUGUCAGCAUGGAAACUGGAUGCCAAAAUGUUCAGCUUUGUUCCACCAUUCUCAAUGUGACAUUCCCCCCUGAAGAGAUUGGACCGCUUUUCUUCUUCCCUCUCCUUUACAUGAUUUUCCAGCUUGGAGAAGGGGUUCUUCUCAUCUUCAUUUUUCGGUGCUGUGAGAAAAUCAAGCCUUCCAAGGAUAAAACAAAAAUGACCUACACAGCUGCUGAAAUUGAAGAAACCAUUCCAGGAACUCUAGGAAAUGGCACCCACAAAGGGGAGAAGUGCUCCCCUUGCACAGCCUGGUCAGAGGACAAUUCAGUGCAAUCAAAUGGAGGAGAGCAAAAGAUGAAAGAACACCAGAGCCCUGUGUCGAGUCUCUCUAGCAAUGCCAGCAGGAACUAUCAGAACUGA